AAUAUUUGACGGGUAGAAAAAGAGAAGCUUUUCGAUCAAUUUAUCACCGUUUCAUUUCUCUAAAAGUUGAUCUCGAGCCUGCUGUUUCAUUUCAUUUCGUACACCAUUUUUACGAGGAGGAACUGUGAUUUUGCAGUAAUUCAUGCAAAUUCCGUGGUAAUUUGCAUGAAUCUAAUAAUUUGCUGUUAGGCGCAAGUGGUGCACGUGGUGGUGGUGGGUGGGGGGUGUGAAUUAGUUGGUGCGUGACGUGACCAGAGGACGAUAACUUAUCGUCGAUAAGUACUCAGCCAUGGAAGAGGACAAUAAAAGUGUGACCACGAACGGAAGUGGAGCCGGUGAACGACCAACGACGCCAAGUACGCCAAGUAUUCACAUUUUCAACAAAAUCACGCAAAGCGAUGAUGAAUGGUGGCGACCUUCACAUCCUCCCGAGACGUACAAAUGGGAAGAGGUGCGACGCCAAAGGAAGAAGGGUGGCUACCCCUGGACACUCCUCGACAAUGAGAACGACAACGAUGAAAUCGAUGCCAACGAAUUUCUUGAUGACAACUUGUACGAGCCAGUCAACCCACCACCACUGCACGACACGGGAAGCGCAGUUUUCUACGGGAAAGACACCACGGACACGGGGUCGCUCGAUGGGCGCCGUCGGAUCGAUAUUCCGCCUGAAAUUGAGAUCGUCAACUCCGAAGGUCUCGAUGGCCUGGACCAACCCGACCCGCACGACUAUGGCAUGGACGGCGACCGCGAAUGGGUCCACUCUGACGACGAACAGGUCGUCCCCUCCUCAAAAAUCUGCUUCACCGCCGGCAUCCGUGGCGGGGAUGACAAAGCCACCAACAAAACCAUAAGUUUCGACCCCGCCACGAAAAAUGGAAGCUAUGACGAAGACCUCGAAGACGAAGGGAUGCUCGACAUCCCGCAAGAAGUCCCGUCCGGCUCCCGAUCGGGGCGAAGUCGGUCCCGCUCCCGAAGUCCGAAUCCAACCGGACCCCCGAAAAAGACCACGACUGCCUUCGAAAUCCUGAAGAACAAAGCGGCCGACGCGGCCGGCCAGGUUAAACAGCGCUUCAACAAGAUCGCGCUCCCCACGCGACCCAAACUCAGUCAAGGAGAAGGCUUCAAGCUCGCGCGGGGUAAAAAGAACGGGAAAAAAGGGAAGCAUCCUCCCGCCCCGGGGGAAGAAGAUCAAGUCGCCCCCAUGGAGGAAGAAGGUGUCGAAGACGUCCCCGCCCUAGACCAACUCGCCCUCCCAAAACCCGACGACUUCUUCCCCCCCGCGGGGGACGAUAUGGACGACGAAGAACCCAUUUCAACCUCCUCCUCCGUCAAAGAAGCGCAAGCGCAGGCCGCCGAACUCGCUCGCAAGGAAAAAGAGGCCGCUGUCGAAGAGAAAAAGCGCAAACAGAAGGAAGCCGACGAACUCAAGAAGCAAAAGGCGGAAGAAAAGAAGCGCGAAGCGGAAGAAAAAAAGCGCGAAGCGGACGAACUCAAGCGCCAAAAGGCCGAAGAAAAAGCCAAAGCGAAGGAAGAAGCCGACAAGAAAAAAGCGGAGGAAAAAGCGCUCAAAGCUAAAUUAGCGGAAGAAGCGAAAAAAGCCAAGUUGGAAGAACAGCUGGCAAAAGCGCGAGAACAGGAGGAACAAGAACGCCUCAAGAAUGAAGAACUGUUACGAUUACGAGAACAAGAAGCCGCCGCGAGAAGCGCGGCCGGCGCUUUUGACGAAUAUCCCGCCGAAUCUCCUCUUCCCCCAGAAGACAUCCCCGCCGACAUGGAAGAAGACGAAGAACAAAUUAAAGACGUCCCCACCCCCACCGGAACGGGCAGCAGGAAGAAAAAGAUCAAGAAAACGUUCGUCCAACUCCCCAAACUUCCCGACAUCCCGCGCCCAACGCUCCCCUCGUUCGAUCUCGACUUUAAGCGAAAGGUUAUCAAACGCUCCAAAACACCACCGGCGCGACCAACCCCGCCGAAAUUGAAGCAACGUCGCGGUCUGGAAGAAGAAACAGCUGAGAAUCAGCUGGCCGCCCAGUACGCUGGAGAAAUAGCGGCGCGAAAAUUGGAAUUCGAACAAGACGAAGAAACAGGAGGGCCACCCAUCGUGAGAAGUGUCCAAUUUCCGCAAACCCCCAUUUUCGUCACGCAACCAUCCACGGAAAACAAUUCCGUCACCACGGAGACAGAAUCCGUGCCGAAGAAGGGGACGCCUUCUUAUCGAAGUGACGACGUCAUGGAUGACGAAACAUCGUCAUACCCUGGACCAAGUGGCGACAAACCCCAACCUGCUUCGACGAAAGAACGUUUCGACAAAUUCGGCCAACAAGUUAAAACCUUCAGUCAAAAGAGUAAGGACAUCGCGUCCAAAAAAUCAAAAGCCAUGGGCGCCACGAUGAAAGUCAUUGGCAAAGAUUUGCAAAAGUUUGGCGUCAAAACGAGCGAAAAAUUUCAAGCCACCAUUGAAGAAAUCAAACAGAAACAGGAAGCCGCCAAAGCGCGGACGAAAGAGUUACAGGCGCAAAAAGCGAAGGAAGCGGAGGACGCGAUGGCGCCGCAUGGCGACGACGCCGGCGAGGAGGAGGAGCCUAUCCUCCACACCGAUUAUGCGACCGAACCACGCCGAAAGUUCAGAUUUCGAAGGAGGGAUGAUUCUCAAGAAGAAUCGCAACAUCAAAGCAGAGAAGAAGAAGAUCAUGUCGACGAUGUCGCCACGUCGUCGCCAUACCCGCCACCAGACCAACAACAAGGCGCAGAUGGCGACAAAAUAACGCGCAGCCAACUUCUCGGCCGGGCCGAGCGGGAUUGGGAAUCUCCCCUCGACGAGCUCGCCUCCCGAUCCAGGGACGUUUCCGAAGAUCGUGGAAACGUGUCUUCAUCCCGCGAUUCUCCGCCAGGUUCUAGCCUCGCGUCUUCCACUUUCGGUCCUCACGUCGCGACGGGGGGUCCACCUCCCCCCGGGGGAGACGCGCACAUCAGGAAACGCGGCGUUUUAGAAGAAAUCGACUCUGACGAAUUUUUCUUAAGAGAAAAAGGCAUCUCUGAAGGGGAAGAUGAAGAAGAAAUUAACCGAUUUUUAGUCGAAGAGUUACGCCAAGCGUUCCGCUUUCAGGAAAAUGCGCUGGCAGGGUUCGACCUCGAUCCGGAAGAGGCCCCCCAACGGCCCGGGCGACAACCGAGGAAACCCGCGCGGAAAGAAAAAUCGGGGGAUCCCUCCUAUCAAACUUUUCCCCCAGAAAGACCGCGACGAAAGGCGCCCGGCUAUGUGUCCGACUACAUCAAAGAACAGGGCGGCGAAGGAGGGGACGAGGAAGCUGGGCGACGCUCUUAUCUCGAGGAGGAGGAAGACCUCGAAGAAUUCGGCGACGAUAACACCCGACGCGUCAUUAAGGACGAUCUUGAAGAUCUUGAGCAUCAAAUCGUUCAACAGUUUGUCGACGAUGGGCGGUACGAACCCGUCGUUGGCGGCGGAGGCGCAGAACCCGUAAAACCGACCCGAAGUCGGCGAAACAAGAAGAAGCCUGACGCCGGCGAGGGGGGAAGUCCCCUCUAUUACAACACGGUCGCGGGAAACGACUGGAUGCGCGAUGAAGAACAGGCCACCACCACCUCCGCCCCUGCGCAAGUCGACAGCGAAGACGUCACCUUCGUCGACGCGCAAGAUCACUCCCAGCAAGACCGAGGGGGAGACGAUGACGCCGAUUUUGACGACAUGGAAUACGUCGAUGACGCCGGUUACGCGGUCGUUCGAAAAGAAGCGCGGCCAGCGCCGAGGACCGUGCCGCGGAGCAAGAAGAACAAACGUGGCGGAAGUAGUAAAGGGAGCAGUUUAAAAAGACAGCAGGGUUCGGUUAGUCCAGAUGCCGCAGCCGCGACCGCCGCACCCGGCGCCUCCACGUCUAGCGACGCCUUCUUCUCCCUUCCUCGUUUCACUCCGAGAUCCCUUCAUAUCAUCCCGCCGUCGCGACCACAGCGCAAUUACAGCACUUUGCGACCACGACGACCCCCACGACAAGGCAGAUCGAGUCAUACGCCGACCAAGGCGGCGGGGGCGGCGCCGAAGGAUGGCGACAAAGCUGGUCGUGGCGACGGAGCCACCAGUCCGGGAGGGAGUCGCCCCAGCACGGCGAUCGGGAUAAUGCAGGGCCGCCCCUUGCCCGCUAUUCCGUCGACGGAACGGCCCCCUAGAUUGAACGACUUGGAUCAGUCCUCCAUCGAGCGGGCGGUGGGGGCGCGGCAUUAUGCUAAUUUUGUGGAGGAGGCGGCUUGCGUCGCGACGAAUAUUCCGCUGUUGGGGGCGGCGGGAGGAGAUGUCAAUAUUGCGAUUCAGACCGACCCAGUCCAGGCGUAUGAUGAGGAUGAAGCUGCAGCAGGAGGUCAAAGACAAAGUGAUUCUCAAACUACUGGACCCACGGAGACGACGGCUGGGCUCAAACCGCAACAACGAGCGUAUUCAACCGGUCGAGUGAAUCAAGGUGGCGACGGAGACGCGCAACAGCAACGUCCCCUCUCCUCCGCCGCUUCGGGGGAAGGGUUUCCGAGCGACCACCAGUUCCAAUUUCCGAGACGGCUACAUUUACACGAGCUGGAGGUGGAUGUCCUCCGAGUGCACGAUUUGAGUGCACACUCCAUCACGGCGGAUUCUCUGAGGGCGUCACAAAUUGAGGUGAACUCGCUAACGAGCACUGGCCCACUCACCGUGUCCUCGAUCCACACCCAAACCUUGAACUCUGACCAAGUGAACUGCAACCGCCUCGCGAGUGACACCGUCGACCUGCCCACCAUGGUCCCACCCGCCUUUUACAACCUCUCCAGCCCCCCCGACGACAAAGGUGCCCCCGACAAGAAGGAAGAGCUACGACGCGAUCCUGAAACCGACCUCCCGUGUCCCUACACACCCUUCGAAGACGACGAAAAUAUGGACGACUUCGGCGGCAAAGGGGAUAACUCCGUGGGCUCCCCGAUCGGAGACUUUUUCGGCCGCAGUCUCGAAUUCUGCUUGACCCCGGAACAAUCCGUGGACAAUGAUGACUCCUGGGGACAUCAAAUUCCCCCACAAAAAGGCGAAGAAACCACAACCAGCUCAACCCGGGUAGAAGAUGAUGUCGCCCACUGCUCCGAACUUCCUUGCGACGAAUCCUCCGGAACGGAACCGACACUCUCCUCCACUUCAACCGGAGAACAAGAACAAGAACCCGAAAAACCCGCCACAUUCGCCCUGGACCGACACUCUUUCAGAAUCGCAGCAGUAUUAGAAAACGACGACAGCGUUGAAGAAGAAGACAAAAAGGAAGACUUGAACUUUUAUCUGCAAGACGAAGCCCCCGUUUUAAGCGGCUCGCUCCGCCUCGAGUAUCGAAGAUCGCCCGAAGUUCCAUCAGAUUUCCAGGUUUUGCACGACAUCGUAGAAACCGAGGAGGCAAAUUUCGCCGCCCCAAAAUCGUCACCGACGCCACCACCACCACAACAACAAGCACGACCGGAAGUGACACGUGGUCCGUCACCCCUUAUCGCACCACCACCACAAUUAGUGCCCUCUCGAGUAGAACAACAACCGGAAGUGAUGCCACCACCACCCACCCUCCCCCCGCGACAAUUCCCCCCUCCUCCUUCUUCUCGUGGAAGUACAAACUUAUCGGAACGAAGAACAAUUUCAACUGAAUCGUCAUCUUCGGGAUCGGGGGAACGAUCAUCCGAAUCAUUUAGUCGGACCACGUCAUCGUCCCGGGAACCGUCAACAAUCCGGGUAUCGGAGUCUUCCUCGACAGCAAUUGUUCCCCCAGUGGCGCAACUGCAAGUUCUUGAAGGACAAGUGGAGGUGGACCACGGUGACGAAACCUUGGUCGCCAUGAGCAUCCGGUUUGUCCAUGUCGUUACCCGCGUCAUGAUGCGAGGCCUGCAAGCGAUCGUGGAUUAUGUCGACAUCGCCACGACGGACGACCCUUCGAAGGCGGAGGAACAAAGGGCCCACAUGCAAGUCCUCCUCUGCCUGUUGCUUAUCCUCCUCGCGGGAAUUAUCUUGUCCUCGAGUAACAGCGUGGUGUCCUUUUCUCCCCCGAAAUGGGAGUUCCUCAUGCCGCCACCGCAUCUUUGAGGGAGUUAUCUUAUCUUAUCUUAUCGAGAGGACCGUAUCUUUGAAGGAGUUAUCUUAUCUUAUCUUAUCUUGAAGAAGAAAAAAUAAACAUGAGCAUUUCUUUCUUUCUUUUCUUAUUGGUGACAAAUAAUGAAAUGAAAAUGAAAUGAAGUUGAAAUGAAGAAAAACGUGAAUAAGUUUCAUUUUUCAUUGUGUAGAAUUAUGUAAAUAUGUAGAAGAACAAAAAUUGUCAGGUUUUGCCUGGGAAAAUUCGUGUCCCCCCCUUCCCCCCAUUUAAAUUUAUCUCUGCCUCCGACGAUAAGGUCAAUUGAUGUUAUCAUUACUUAUUUUCAUGCCGUUGGGAUUGUGCAACUCUGAUUAAUUGAGAAUUACUUAGAUUUGCAUAAGAGUAUUUACCUGUACCCUGCUUAAUAUGUGAUAUAUUGAAGAAAAUGAAAUUCCAAAUUAACACCCACGUCAAAUAAUUGGCUUUAGCAAUUAAAUUGUUAUUAUUAUUAUCCUAAAUAUUACUAAUUACAUGUAUGGAAAAUGUUUCAUGAGUGUGAAGUAAAAUAAAAUAAUUCCAAUGAA